AUGUCGCUAAGCUCAGAGGAAGAGGAGGAGGAUCCGUUUCUCUCCGACGGGGAGGAUGGCAACGAGAACGACCUUCCGAGCGACCUCGAAGACGACCUCGACGACGACGAGGACCCGUUCGGUCCCGCGCAGCCGCCCCCGACCCAGUCGCAAAUGCUCUCCUUCGGCCCGCCAUACUACGGGCGGCCGCCGACGCCCCUGCCUCCCUCGCCGUCCCUGACGUCGCUCCUGCGGCCGUCGCGCCCGACCACCCCGGACGCCAGCGACGACGAGGGCCUCAACAGCGCCGAGCCCGUGCCGCGCGCCUCGCCCAAGGUGCCCACCUACGAGUACUACGGCUUCGUGCUGUACCUGUUCUCGUCGCUCGUCUUCCUCAUCUACCUGCUGUGGUCGUACCUGCCCUCGCCCUUCCUGCACGUCCUGGGCAUCUACUACUACCCGAACCGCUGGUGGAGCCUAGCCAUCCCCUCGUUCCUCGUCAUGCUGCUGGUCUACAUCUUCGUCGCCCUCGCCCUCUACAACACCGAGUACCUGACGCUGCCGCUCAACAACCUCGAGACGAUUGUCGACGACGCGGGCAAGAUCGCCGUCGUGGACGGGAGGGGCCGCAUCGUUGUUAGUGAGGAGAGGAGGAAGAACCUCGAGCGCGAGAGGGAGAGGGAAGGCCAGCGGGGCAAGACGCAUCACCAGAGGAAGACGAGCUGGAACGGCUACCCUUUUUUCAAAGACAGGGAGGUCGACUGGAGGGAGUGCUGGAACGAGGGGACCGACGCCGUCAUGGACGUGCCAUUAGCGGGUGUGUGUGAGAUACUCUACGGCGGCACGAAAGGCAAGGACGACUACGUGUUCAAUGUUAAUUAA